GCCGGCUCGCGCUCAGUCUGGCGGGUGGCGGCGCCGGCUGCUUGUGCGGCGCGAGGCCCGAGCCCCGCAGUCGCCGGCCCCGUCGCCUGCCGCUGGUGCGCGCGCUGCGCGUCCCUGCCCCCCGGAAGGCCGGCCCGCUAGGGGCUCGCGCGACCGACGCAGGGCCGGCGGGAGGGAGCGCGCGCGGGCGGCCCCGCCCCUCCCCCUCCGCCGCCGCGGAGCGCGCAGGGAGCAGCCAGGGGCUCGGCGGCGGCGGCGUCUGGCCCCAGCUCCUCCUCCUCCAUCUCCUCGCUCCCUCCAUCUGCCGUGGGUAUGGCCCGUCGCUGGAGCACAAAAGAGUCUCCGCGGCGGGGGUCGGCGUGGCUCUUGCUUUUCCUCGCUGGGGUGUACGGAAAUGGUGCUCUUGCAGAACUUUCUGAAAAUGUGCAUAUUUCAGGAGUGUCAACUGCUUGUGGGGAGACUCCAGAACAAAUUCGAGCACCGAGUGGAAUAAUCACGAGUCCAGGCUGGCCAUCAGACUAUCCUGCCCAAGUCAACUGCAGCUGGCUCAUCAGGGCAAACCCAGGGGAGGUCAUUACCAUAAGUUUUCAGGAUUUUGAUAUCCAGGGGUCCAGAAGAUGCACUUUGGACUGGCUGACAAUAGAAACAUACAAGAAUACUGAAAGUUACAGAGCUUGUGGGUCCACGAUUCCGCCACCAUAUAUCUCUUCCCAAGACCACGUUUGGAUCCGGUUCCACUCAGAUGACAGCGUGUCCAGGAAAGGCUUCCGGCUGGCGUAUUUUUCAGGGAAAUCUGAGGAGCCAAACUGUGCCUGUGAUCAGUUCCGUUGUGGUAAUGGAAAGUGUAUUCCAGAAGCCUGGAAGUGUAACAGCAUGGAUGAGUGUGGGGAUAGUUCUGACGAGGAGGUCUGUGCCAAUGAUGCUCACCCCCCAACAACAACUGCUUUCCAACCCUGUGCCUACAACCAGUUCCAGUGUCUGUCCCGCUUCACCAAAGUUUAUACGUGUCUCCCUGAGUCCUUAAAAUGUGAUGGGAACAUUGACUGCCUUGACCUAGGAGACGAGAUCGAUUGUGACAUGCCGACAUGCGGACAGUGGUUAAAAUACUUCUAUGGCACCUUCAAUUCUCCCAACUACCCGGACUUUUAUCCUCCUGGAAGUAACUGCACCUGGCUGAUAGACACUGGCGAUCAUCGGAAAGUCAUAUUGCGGUUCACUGACUUCAAACUUGAUGGUACUGGGUAUGGUGAUUAUGUCAAAAUAUAUGACGGGCUGGAGGAGAAUCCUCGCAAGCUUUUGCGUGUGCUAACUGCUUUUGAUUCUCACGCUCCUCUGACGGUCGUUUCUUCCUCCGGACAGAUAAGAGUACAUUUCUGUGCUGACAAAGUGAACGCCGCAAGAGGGUUCAAUGCUACUUACCAAGUUGAUGGCUUCUGUUUGCCAUGGGAAAUACCCUGUGGGGGCAACUGGGGGUGCUACACAGAGCAGCAGCGCUGUGAUGGGUACUGGCAUUGCCCAAACGGAAGGGAUGAAAUCAAUUGUACCAUGUGCCAAAAGGAAGAAUUUCCAUGUUCUCGGAAUGGUGUCUGCUACCCUCGUUCUGAUCGCUGCAACUACCAAAACCAUUGUCCAAACGGCUCUGAUGAAAAAAACUGCUUCUUUUGCCAGCCAGGGAAUUUCCACUGUAAGAACAACCGCUGUGUGUUUGAAAGCUGGGUGUGUGAUUCCCAAGAUGACUGCGGUGAUGGCAGUGACGAGGAGAACUGCCCAGUCAUUGUGCCUACCAGAGUCAUAACAGCAGCUGUCAUCGGGAGCCUCAUCUGUGGCCUGCUGCUCGUCAUUGCAUUGGGGUGCACCUGCAAGCUUUAUUCUCUGAGAAUGUUUGAACGGAGAUCAUUUGAGACCCAGUUGUCACGAGUGGAAGCAGAACUUCUACGAAGAGAGGCUCCCCCCUCAUAUGGACAGUUGAUCGCUCAGGGACUAAUCCCUCCAGUAGAAGAUUUUCCUGUCUGUUCACCUAAUCAGGCUUCCGUCCUAGAAAACCUGAGGCUAGCUGUCCGAUCUCAGCUGGGAUUUACUUCAGUCAGGCUUCCUAUGACAGGCAGACCUAGCAACAUUUGGAAUCGUAUUUUUAAUUUUGCAAGAUCACGUCAUUCAGGGUCAUUGGCUUUGGUCUCAGGAGAUGGAGAUGAGGUUGUCCCUAGCCAGAGCAGCAGCAGAGAAACUGAAAGGAGUCGCCCUCACAGGAGCUUGUUCUCCGUGGAGUCCGAUGACACGGACACAGAAACUGAGAGAAGGGAUACAGCCGGAGCAUCAGGUGGGGUUGCAGCGCCUUUGCCCCAGAAGGUCCCUCCCACGACCGCCGUGGAGGCCACGGUGGGAUCAGGUGGGAAUUCCUCAGCUCCGAGCACCCGAGGUGGCCACGCAGAUGGUAGGGAAGUGUCAAGUGUGGAAGCCCCGAGUGUGAGCCCAGCACGUCACCAGCUCACAAGUGCUUUAAGUCGGAUGACUCAGGGCCUGCGCUGGGUCCGCUUUACGCUAGGUCGAUCGAGCUCCACUACCCAGAACCGGAGUCCUUUGAGACAGCUGGACACCGCGGUGAGUGGACGAGAAGACGACGAUGACGUGGAAAUGCUAAUUCCAGUUUCAGACGGAGCUUUGGACAUUGAUGCCAAUGACUGCUCCAGACCUCUUCUUGACCUUGCUUCAGACCAAGCACAAGGGUUUAGGCAGCCACACAGUGCAGGGAACCCUGGAGUGAGAACAAGUAGCCAGGACGGCCCCUGCGAGCGCUGUGGCAUUGUGCACACCGCCCAGAUACCAGACACUUGCUUAGAAGCCACAGUGAAAACUGAAACAAGUGAUGACGAGGCUUUGCUGCUGUGCUAGGACACACUCGCCAGACCGGAUGCAAGCUGGAGCAAUAUCCACUCACUGUUUUAUAACUUUACAAUUAAACUAGUUUUAGUUUAAAAUGAAAAGAUGCAGGGUGAUUUCUUAUUAUAUGUUAGCCUGCAUGGUUAAAUUUAACAAUGUGUAACUCUAGGAGCUAGAGUUUGCUGUUUGAGCAGCUAAAAUGCAUUAUGUACUCGUAUUCUUCAGUCAUGUUCUUCCGUUUGCUUAUACCUGGUUUUGUUUUGGUUUUUUAAAUCCUGGUACUUAAGUUUAAUAGUAGAAAUAUGGCUGCUUUAUUCAUGUAACUGCCAUUUUAUCUAUCUUAUGUUAAAAGGUUGGUUUGUACAAAACGGUACCUUCUUUCCAUUGACUCUUGGAUGCUCUUUGCCAUCAUGUAAUUUAUUCUACCAGAUGCUGAGGUUGUUACUGUACAAAAGAGGAGACAGAUCCUUAGAGUCACCUCUUUGUUUGCAUAACAUUGUCUGCUAGUAGAUUUCAUCAUAUGGACCUGUCACAGGAAAAGCAUCUGCUCUUUCAUUCAACACACAGUGAGGUAAAAGUUACGUAGUGUUAGAGAAAAAUGCUGUCGGGGAAACAAAACUCUUUUAUAGAUUUUCUAAUGCUGACUUUACUACUCUGGUGUGGUUCAGACCAAAUGGUGAAAUCCCAACAUGUUUCUGUUUUCAUCUCAAUUUAGGGACAGAAGUAAGCGGAUGAAGGUACUCUACUAUGCAUAACGUUUUGAACUUUAUAAAAUACGUACAGAAAUUGUACACGCUCAGCUCCACAGGGCAAUGUCUUUCCCUGACACGGGGGUUUGCCUGAGUUGGACCCUAGGGAUUUGCACUACAGUCCUGUCAAGGUCUCAGAUGAGUUUAGCGCACAGGCACUGUCACAGCAGGUACUGUCAUUGCUACCACAGUGACUAUAUUUCCAUAGCUUUGGGGCUGGGGGACCAUUUUUAUUACAACUUGAAAUUGCUUUGCUGGUUUCAUAUUUAUUUGUUGUAUUUAAAAACUGCAUUAUUGUGUGAGUGAUUUUUUUUUUCCAGGAUAUUUUAUUUUGGGGGGAGGGGUCAGUGCUAUAAUCUUGAAGAAAAGCAAAUUAAAUUGUUCAGAUUGCCCCCCUCUUUAAGUAGAGGGAAUUACAAGCCCCAUUUAUUUUUCUUCAGUUGUUAAUUCUUGUUUAUUUAUUCCUUAGCUGUCUGUUUUAGCAGCUUAAUGAUUGGGUAUGAAAACGUGUUUGUGUGUGAUUAUUGCUAUUUAUUACACCUUGAAUACUUUGCUGAAUGUCAUUUUAAAGCAUGUUUGAGGUCUUGUGUAUCUGUCCUGUUAUGCUGUCAGGAAAACCUGACUAAAAUGUUUUAAUAUGUAUCAAAAAUUAAAAUAAUUUUUUUUAUUGCCUUGAGGUACUUUUUAAA